CAAACAAUCUCCCCCACUUCAAACCCCGUUCUGACCCUCUUCGUUCACCUCGACUCUGGUCUCCCAAGUCCGUUCACCACACUUGAAUCCAUUGCAACUGGAAUAAUUCCAUGAGGACAACAAGACUGAGUUCCAAAUAUUCCCGUAGCUGACGCGCUUGUGUUUCGUUCUUCAAUUAGAAGUGACCAUUGACGUCACUCAAUGUUCCAAGUUGCCGUCCAUCGACUCCAUUCCUAGCGUCAUCUGCGCUCAACUCACCACCAUAUGGCGCCGAACGUGGACCCAGCGAUCCUUGAGGCUCUGGGCCUGGAACCGACCAGCUCCAAGCUGGUUCCCAUCGGCGGCUCGUCCUUCUGCUCGACCUACAAGUUAGUCGCCACGAACAAUAGCGAGGACCUCUCCUUCUUCGUCAAGACGGGUAUUGGUCCCGAUGCCGAGAUUAUGUUCCGAGGCGAAUACACCUCCCUCAACGCCCUCCACUCCGCCGACCCGUCCCUCCACCUCUGCCCCCGCGCCCACGCCCACGGCCCCCUGCGCUCGUCCCCCGACAAACACUUCCUCGUAACCGACUACCUCGACUUCACCUCCUCCCCCCCUCCUGACGGCACAGGAACGGGCCUCUCGCUCGCAGCCAAACUCGCAAAACUCCACACCACGCCCGCCCCCAUCCCCCAUGACGAAGGGUUCUCAACCCCCCAGUUCGGCUUCCCCGUGCCCACCUGCUGCGGCGCCACGAUCCAGUCCAACACCUUCACCUCGUCCUGGUCCCAGUUCUACGCCGAGCACCGGUUGCGGUCCAUCCUGAGAGAAAUCAUGGGAACCCGCAAGAACGGUCCCGAGUCUAACUCUGACAAAGAGCUCGCCGACGCCGUGGAAAGAGUCGCCUCUGUCGUGGUGCCGCGAUUGCUUGGGGAGGGGCAUCUGAAAGGGGUUUAUCCCGUGGUGGUGCACGGGGAUCUGUGGAGUGGAAACCAUGGGCGCGGGCGGAUCGCGAAUGAAGAGGGGGUCGAGGAGGUGGUGUUUGACCCGUCGUGUGUGUACGGGCACUCCGAGUAUGAGUUGGGGAUCAUGCGCAUGUUUGGCGGGUUUGGGAGCGGGUUUUGGAGGGAGUAUGAGCGUUUGGUGUCCAGGGCGGAGCCGAAGGAGGAGUGGGAGGAUCGCGUAACUUUGUACGAACUGUAUCAUCACCUCAACCAUUACGCCUUGUUUGGCCGUGGAUAUCGGAGCGGUGCCAUGUCUAUCAUGCGGAAGUUGAUCUCCAAGUACGGAGGAGCUUCCGCCGCGCACCAGGAGUGAGGUGGUUCCAGGUUCCCACAACGGCAUGACCAGGG